UACGGCUACGGUUGUGAACGCCUUCUUUAUUUUGAGGUAUUAAUCUUCGUAGGGAUACUUAAUAAGAGGCAAAGAUGACAGUCACAGAAACAGAUGUGAGGGUUUGUGAAAAAUGCAAGGCACUUGCUGCUGUUUUUGAGCUGCCUCCCUGGCUUUGGGAUCCGUCUCUUGACGUCACUUCCGGGCCACGAAAUCACACGUCAUGGUGCAGACGACGCGCGCAGUAUGAGGCUUACAAACUGGAUAUCACGAUGGCGGAUAAAAAGUUCAUAGACGAAAUGUUGCAGGCCCAUAAUGAGUACCGCUCAAGACAUCAAGCGUCGCCUUUAAAGCACGCGAAGGAUUUGUCGGAGUUUGCGCAGAAAUGGGCCAAUCAUCUUGUAGCUACCAACAGCUUUCAGCACAGUAGUUGUGACCACAAAGGGGAAAGACUGGGGGAGAAUAUUGCCAUGAAAUGGUCUUCCCAACCCGACGCCUACACCGGACAAGAAGCCACCGACCAAUGGUAUAGUGAGGUGAAGCAACACACGUUCGGAGGUGAACCAAGUUCACUAAGUACAGGUCAUUUUACGCAGGUUGUAUGGAAAGGAAGCAAGGAAUUUGGAGUGGGCAAAGCCGUGGCAAAAGAUGGUAAAACAAUUGUUGUAGCCAGCUACAGACCGGCUGGUAACAUGAUGGGCAAAUUUGGAGAAAAUGUCCUCCCGCCAAAAGAUGGCAAAAUCAUACUUCCGGUGCAGAAAGAUUCUAGUGGCUCGAGCCCAUUUUCAAGUCGGUUUGAGGAAGGAAGGCGUGGUUUUGGAGAUAUGGGUGGGGCCACAGGAGGCGGUAGAGAAACAAAAACCACAAAAACAAGAACAAUUACAGAAGGCGGGGUGACAAAAACAAUUGUUGAGGAAACCAUCAUUAAAGCAGACGGCUCCAAAGUGACCACGACAAGGGAGACAACCACAUCCGGAAGUUCCUCCUCCGAUCCAUUUGGCAAGGGAACGGAUGACUUUGGAAAACUUAGUAUCGAUGACUCAAAGAGCAAGAAAGAUUCAAAAAGUAAACACAAAAAAAGGGAUUCUAGUUCAUCUUCAUCGUCUUCGGAUGAUGAAAAAUCAAAGAAAAAGAAGCCGCAAAAGAUCAAAGACUUUAUUGACGACGCCGUCAAAGUUCAUAAUGAACUUCGUGCAAAACACGGCGCACCCAAACUGAAGCAUACCAAAGACCUAUCGGACUACGCCCAGAAAUGGGCGGAGAAUUUAGCUGCUAAUAACGACUUCAAGCAUAGUGAUUGUGUACAUAAGGGUGAAAGAAUAGGAGAGAACAUUUGUUGUAAGUGGUCAUCAACAGGCGCUGAUUACACAGGACGAGAGGCAUGUGAACAAUGGUACAGUGAAAUAAGCAAACAUGACUUUCAUUCAGAACCCAGAACUUUAGGAUCAGGACAUUUCACGCAGAUGGUAUGGAAAGGCAGUAAAGAAAUGGGUAUUGGAAAAGCCAAAACGUCCGGGGGCAAAGUCAUCGUUGUUGCUAAUUAUAGACCGGCAGGAAAUCUUGUCGGCCACUUUGUUGAAAAUGUGCCACCUCUUAAGAAAUGAAAUAGCAUAUCAUCAAAACAGUUCAAAGUUAACGAUAUUGUACAUAUUUCAUCUUCGUGUAUGCUAUAAUCUUUACUGAUUACAUAUAUCUAUAAUCAUUACUUGUAUGUCUAUUCAAUACGGUAAUGCAAUAUAUUUGACAGUUUGUGUGCAUGUGUAUUCCUUUAAUUUUAAUUAAGCAAAUCAAGAACGAUUUUAAUUCAUACCCUACUAGAUUGGUUCGGUUGCACUCGCAUUCUCUUUAACCAAAUUGAUAUACGACUAGUUUUAAUCUAUACCUAACUCAAUCUGCUUUGAAUAACACUACGCUUUUAGAUCUGACCGUGACCAAAUACGUAGUCAUUUCCGGUGACCUUUCACACAGCCAAUCAUCGGCGAGCUUUCAUAAUUUUGAAAGCGAUGUUGUUUCUAAUCUAAAUCAUGGGAAAACCAAUACCAGUAGGUAAUGUUCAUGACAUGGCGCUGUCCAUAUAGUCGACAAGUAAACUGGCAAAACAAUCUCGGCUAUUAGAAAAUGACUCUUUUUUUCAAGAUAAUUUGUUAAAAAUUUCAAACAUUUUAUUUUUGGUAACAAAAAUAAACUUUUUAGUUGAACUUCCACGGAUAAUGGUAUUUUGAUACUUCUUCGAAUGCUUAUGUAAAAACCGUUAUUUUUUUAUAGCAUUCCGUCACCAUUUGUUAAGUAUGGUCUACCUAGCUCUGACAAUCUUGACUGAUGCUAAUUACAGUAUGGCUUUUUAAUUACGCAUCUGUGCAUUUUUACAAAUUAUAAUUCCGAUUUUUUUUGCUGUUACAAUAAUUUUACAACCUUCUGAUCACUCGUUCGAUAAUUAAUUUACAUAUUCUGUUUUCACAAUCGGAUAGUUUUGGUUUUAACACAUUUUGCUUACAAAAAAACAAACAAACACGGAAGCCUACUGUUUGUACUUUGGUUCAUAGUUAGCGGUGGCCAUUUUUCUUCUGUAUGUUUGAAAAUCAUUUGGCUAUGUCCAAUCUUGUCCAGACGAUUGUGUAGAUGUUGUUGUUGUUGUAACUGCAGUUUGUACAUAAGAGUCGUUACAUACUUUCACAAAGAUAUACUAAUGCUCAAAUUUUAUGUUAGAAAAUACUGAUAAUUGCUACACAGUCUAAAGUAAAGAUGAUUGACUUAACACAAUGAAGAUAUUUUAUGUUCAUUAUAUGUGGUUACAAUAUGUAUAGUGUCAUUAAAAAAGGCAGUUUUUUCUUUCUUUUUGAUUUAAGAAAGGACCAACUUUACAUGUCCCAUAAUUAGGUAUGCAGCUUCCCUUACAUAGUUAAUUUAUUCAUUCUUUGAUUCAAAUUAGACAUAUUCAGUAAGAAUUUCUUGUAUUUCAAUAAAUUUCUGUGAUACAAGUAUUUUACUCAAAGAUGAGCAUAGUAUAUCUUUAAAAUUACAGUGAUUUUAAAGGAACAGUACUUCUGUAAUGAAAAUAUCAUCUUAACCAAUGUCAUUACAGAAACCAGUAGUCAUUGUCCGAAGUUUGACGGAAAUAGUCGAUAAGUUGCGAUUGAUUUAAUGCAUGCAUUCCGAAGGUUUAUCAAAGCAUGCAGAUUUGUUAAUGUAUCUAUUUUUGUAAAUAUAUAUUCUUACUUUUACUGAAUACAUUCCAUUUUUACAAUCUUGUUAGCUGUUAACCGUUUUUAAAUUUUAUGUAUCUUUCUUUAUGUAUAAUUUUACUCUGUUUGAAGUCGAUUAAGUUUAAAUAUAGAUCUAAAUAACAAAUUA